GUUUCCCCCAUCACCAAGUCUUCCCGCCUCAGCGCGCUCGACGCCAACCCUCUUGGUGCAAUUCCAGCUGCAAAUCUCGACUCGAGGUUGCGCCGCUGGUUUUCACCGUCCGCUCCUUUGUGACUAUAUCAAUUUUUGCCUUUGGUCUGCCCUUUGGUUCAGCGCAGCAUUUGCAUUUCCUCCGAGUUCUUGUCCGGGCCCGAAGAUCGCAGAGCUAUUUCCAAUUCCACCUCGUCGGUCGCACUCCUUCGCUCGCUGUAGAUUGCCCGAGAGCCCGAGGUCAGACGCCAGAGGAGUUAAGCUGCCAUUCACGACGGGCUUCAGUUCUUGUUCAGUCCUAUGAUUCAAUCAGCCUUCUAGUCGUGCAUCGCUUCCGAUUGCCGCUGCGCGGCUGGAGGAAAGAUGGCAAGUGCGCAAGGUCCCGCCUUGGCCGUUGCUGAUGCCUCGCCGCGCGUCCAUGGCGUGGAGGAUGGCUCCCGCCGCUCGACAGAUCUUGAUGCGUCUUCUGACGGUCCGUUCACGGACGCAAUACCGCACGACGACGCUCCUCCUCCGAAUCCACCAUUCAUCUUUCCGGCCCGAAUGCCCUCGCCUUCUCAGGUGCCAACAAUCAACGCUCGAGAAUACGGACGGCGACCGAUGUCUGCCAUUGAGCCUCAGAAUGUUCCUGCCGACUCGCCGUCAAAAUUUGAUGAAAGACAACGCAGGAGUGUUGCCCUUCCUGCGUUCAGUUUCAAUCCCGGGGCGUCGCUGCCUCCGAAUCCCGAGUCGUUCACGCUCCUCAGUCCUCCUGUCACUCCGAGCUCCUCAAAACCGCUGGCGUCCCCAUCGCGACCCCUCGGGCAUGGACACCGUAGGGGUGGCAGUGAAUUUGUGGGCGGCAGCAUUCGAGACGGCAACUCUAUUGCCGUGAUGAGCACCAGUCCGACCAGGUCGGAGAGUGGGUUCGCGUCUCCUGGGCUUGCACCACCGCCCCGGCGUGGCCAUCGUCGUGGCGUAUCCGGCGCCAUUUCAACCAACGAUCUGCCUAUUCUCGCACCAUUACCGGAUUUUGCCAUGCCCCGAAGCGGCAGCGCUCCAAACAGUCCGACUGCCUUUAACCUGAGGGAGGGCGUCACGAUCCCGUUUCACGAACAGCCACCGAAGUUGCCCGAACCUGCCGACGCAUUGGAAGAUAUGCGCCCGGUCACUGUCGACCAAGGGCCAGUCUUGCCACUAACGCCCGUCACCCCAGCGUCCGACGUCGAAAGUUGCGGACACAGAAGAUCCGUUAGAAACCGUGUUGGGUUCUCCGAUAAGCUCGAGUACAUACCAAGGCCGCUGUCUCUGGUAUCGAACGAGACAUCCAGCACUGCCACGGCGCGUCCAGGACAUUCGGUCUCCGGCAGUAUAUCCUCGAUCGUGUCAGCUGCGUCCCCCAUAGAACGUGAUAGCCCAGCACCUCUAUCUAGGAGUCCAACACGCGAUCUGGCCGACUCGAGACCGAGCACAGCAGGCGCUAUCCUAGAGCACACGGCUGACCUACACGUUGGUACCAAGCAAAAUAGCUCUCCAAGGCGGCGCAACUCUACCCCUACCCUGCUCAACAUUGCCGAAGCCCAGAUUCAGACUGAGGGACCUCCACAUCCAGGGAAUAUGGUCAAGACUCCCAAGCGAUGGUCUUUCUUUGGCCUCGAAUCUCCUUUCGCGCACACCGUGGGUCCGCCAAAACGCCGCCCAUCGAGCUCCAGCUCUUCAGAGUCCGUGUCGAGAGCCGUUUCUGGAGCCUCGUCUUCCGACCAUGAAGAAUCUGACUGCACCGAGACGGGUAGGAACACCGCGGUCGUGUGCCAACCUACCAAGAAGAAAAGCAAGAAGAAGAGGGUUAAGGGUUGGGCUGGCUCAAUCUUGCCACUUAAACCCAAAGCGCAUAAGAAACGGAACAAGAUGAGCGACGUGCGACCCCCAACCCCCCCUGCGUCGGUUGGCCCCUUUGAGGACGAGGACGACGAGGCCGAGAAUGUGCAUGCUUUAGGCCCCGAGUUGCCCACUCCUCAGGUUACGAUCACGAAUUCGCCCGAGAUCGCUGAACCCGCCUCUGUGGACAAGCGGCCGUUAUCAAAGGACGACGCAUCGCAUCCAAUGAUUGAUCUCGAUGCUGCCCUGGGACCGUUCAACACACCUCUGCCACACAAUUCGGAGUGGGAGGCUGCACAGCGCGCUGCGGGCAAUACGGGCAAGAGGCGAUUGCACAGCGCUCAGGGUAUGAAAGGCUUCAGCGGCCCGGGUAUGCACUAUCACCGCCGAGCGGAGUCUGCCCCUGAUCUGCCUCCCUUCGAUCCGGGUCGCUCCGGCAUCAACCGUUUUGGCAGCAAUUCGACCAUGGCCGACGUUUUCGAGGAGGAUGAGGAGGACGAUGAUGAACCAGACGCCGCGGACAGACGGCGGAGUGCCUUUGGAAGACUGGCCGCCGCAGACUCCACUGAUUCCGACACCGAUGACGGCGACGCGACACCGCCUGCUACUGUUGUGCCGUCUACUCAACGCGGAAGCAUUGUUCCGGACAUCCACUCAUCCAGUGACGAGGCGCAUGGAACCAGACAGGUCGACGUCGACGGCAACGAGUUCGAGAAUGUUGCUGCCCACUCCGUUCGCACCGAGUGCUCCAAAACCUCCCUGCAGGACGAUGUGAUCGCGGAAGAGCCCCCUUCUAUUAUCUAUCGAAGUCUCAACCCGAUGCAGGGCGGUGCAGACUCCGCCGUCUCGUCACCCAGGAGGCUGUCUGGCACGAAGGACCUCGCGCCUGUUGAGGUGGGCACAUCGCUCCAAGGAGGUGCGGCAAACAUGCCCAUCAGCCCGUACUCGACAAGCCACGCAUCGUCGUCUCACCCCUCGCCACGAUCCCCAAUGUCCAUGGAUGCCCAGCGCAUAUCGACGGCGCCAUCAUCCGUCACUGACGAGAAUAGCUUCCAAUCACUACUCAUGGGCGAGCCAGGCCCAGAGGUUCGGAUCUCAAUGGAUUACGAUAUUCCGUCUCUGACGUCCAGUAAUUCGACAAUGACAAGGGACAGCGCGUUUUCUCCAAACCCACGCUUGUCACAGCCGAGUUUUCGCGAGCAACGACCCGUUUCUGUGUCAUCGGCGGCAUUUGGCCGUAGACGCUCCAGCCUCGUCAGCCUGAGCCGGCUUAUCAGCAGCUCCCACGGUGAAAGAAGCAAGCUGUCUAUGGAAGUCACGCUGGACAAUGAGGCGGAAAGCAAGCCAUCUCGAUCCAAGAGCAGCAAGACGAAGCAACGACUCGGGCGAAUGAUGCAAUUUUGGAAGCCCAACAAGGACGGUGCGCCGUCAUGAGGGACGGAGCCAACACACAUGGCCGGAGCUGCUCGCUCCUUGCGGCUUGCAUGAACGCUAUGUGAAUGUAUGCCUCGGCGUUUGCGGUGGUUCGAAAAUGACGGCUAUGUGUCACAUCUUGCCAGCCUACCCGUGGCGGUAUUUUUUACUCGGCCGACAUGAUCCAAGACCAGUGGAGACACCACGAGCCACCGCGGGACGCUUGUGGGUGUUGGGGACUUGACGACGGCACGAAUAUUGUUAUUUAGCAUGAUCACACAGCACGUUUUUCCAGAUCCCGCCCGAGACUGUUGCACCAGGGUGGUGCACGUCUCUCGGGACGCGAGCUGUUUCAACCUCAUAUACUUCUUGAACCCGUGUGCAUCACUGGCAUCACCGUUCGGUGAACUGCGUUUAUUUCCAGGGCAGGCUAGAUGGCGGUUGGAAGAAAUUGCAGAGUGGAUAGCAUAAUGAACAUGAUUAUGGAGGAUCGUCAUGGUUGCGAAGGAUUUCGUCUAGACGUCCUUCCGGUUACUUCCAGGGUGCAGAUACACGUUCUUAUGGCUUUCUGAAGGAGCUCGUCGUGCAGUUGUGAGGACCCUGCUGGCUCACUCGAUCUCCUCGCUGGGCCAGAAUCGGGUUAGACAAGUCGUACUAUGGGGUGCCAAUAGAUCCAGGGCAAGCUAUACACAAGCCAUCUGAGGGUUGCGUUAUAGGCCUUGCAGCAGAUUAAGAGUUGUGCGCUUCUGUCCAUCUACGGUAGGAACGCCGCAUUGCAAAUGAAUAACGGC